UCGAACAAGAGUGAGGAAAAAUGUGGAGUGAAAUAGGGCUUUGCGUGGUAGCUUUUCUUGUUAUUAGGAUUGUGAAGUGGUUCUAUACUUGGUCGAACCCCGAGUGCGAUGGCAAACUACCUCCUGGUUCAAUGGGUUUGCCAAUUAUUGGAGAAACCCUCCAAUUCUUAUCUCCCUAUAAAGUUCAUGAUGUUGCUCCAUUUCUCAAAAGGAGAAUGGCAAGACAUGGACCACUUUUCCGGACAAGUCUGUUUGGUCAGAAGAUGAUUGUAUCGACGGAUCCGGAGAUAAACUAUACUAUCCUCCAAAGAGAGAGCGCAAAUUUCUCAAUUUGGUUGACUGACAGUUUCAGUGAAUUUCUAGGAGAAGAAAACAUGCUCACACAGCAUGGAACCUUUCAUAGAUACAUGAAGAACUUGAUUCUACAUCUUGUUGGCCCUGAAAGCCUGAGGGGAAAGCUUCUCCAUCAAAUGGAUGAAGCAACAAGUAGACAUAUACGUUCAUGGGCUAACCAAGGCAAUGUCAAUGUCAAAGAAGGAGUUGCAGAAAUGAUAUUUGAAUCAUUUGCAAAGAGGCUGAUAAGUUAUGAGGAAAAGAAGGAUGGAAAGAAACUAUUAGAUAAUUACAAAGCCUUCAUGAAUGGUCUCAUCUCUCUUCCUGUCAACAUUCCAGGAACCGCUUUCCAUGCAUGUGUACAGGGAAGUAAAAACGCAAUUAAGGUGAUUACAGAUAUCUAUCAUGAGAGGAAAGCAACGAAAAUUCCUCAAAAUGAUUUUUUGGAUCGUGUAAUUGAAGAAGUAGAGAAAGACAAUGCAUUUUUGGAUGAUGGUGUUGCUAUAAACAUGCUGUUUCUGCUUCUCUUUGGUGCUUUCGAAAGUACUUCUGAAGCCAUUACAUUGCUUACCAAGUUUAUUUCUGACCAUCCUCAAGUGCUAGAAGAAUUAACGAAAGAGCAGGAGGCAAUCCUUAAAGGCCGAGCGGAUGAGAAUUCUGGACUUACUUGGGAAGAAUAUAAAUCAAUGACGUUUACACAUAUGGUAAUCAAUGAAACAGUUAGAUUGGCAAAUAUAGCACCUGUGAUUUUCAGGAAAGUAGGGAAAGAUGCAGAGAUUAGAGGAUAUACAAUUCCAAAAGGGUGGAUAGUUAUGGUGGCGCCGGCCGUUGUUCACUUGAAUCCUGAGAAAUAUGAGAAUCCUCUUGACUUCAAUCCAUGGCGUUGGGAGGGACAAGAUUUACACUCUGGAUCAAAGACUUUCAUGGCCUGGGGCAGUGGUUCAAGACUUUGCGUUGGAGCUGAUUUUGCAAAGCUCCAAAUUGCAAUUUUUCUCCAUCAUUUCGUCAGUAAAUACAGGUGGUCAGUGACCAAAGGAGGGGACUUCAUUCGAAGGCCGAGUCUCAUAUUUCCAAAUGGAUUGCACAUCGAUAUUGAAGAGAAGUAG